GAGGUUCAUAUAAACGCGCCGGCGCUGAAGCUCGUGUUCAGUUCGAGUCUGUGUAUGUCUAUGUGUGUGUGUGUGUGAUCUCUGGAGCAGAUCCUCGCUGUUCCUCACUCACAGAUGCUCGUGUUUUAGAGCAUCAGCAGCAUCAGGUUCAGUCGCGCUGAAAGGAAUGAGAUCAGAGCAUCAAUGUUUCACUGGGGAAAGUGGAAGAAGAGGAUGGGAGCGAACAGUUCAUCCAAGAGACCCGUGUUCGACGACAAAGAGGAUGUGACUUUCGAUCACUUCCAGAUCCUGCGAGCCAUCGGGAAAGGCAGCUUCGGGAAGGUGUGCAUCGUGCAGAAGCGGGACACAGAGAAGAUGUACGCCAUGAAGUACAUGAACAAGCAGCAGUGCAUCGAGCGCGACGAGGUCCGCAACGUCUUCCGAGAGCUGGAGAUCCUGCAGGAGAUCGAACAUGUGUUCUUAGUGAACCUCUGGUACUCGUUCCAAGAUGAGGAGGACAUGUUCAUGGUGGUGGACCUGCUGUUGGGAGGAGACCUGCGUUAUCAUCUACAGCAGAACGUGCCGUUCACCGAGGACGCGGUGAAGCUCUACCUGUGUGAGAUGACACUCGCGCUCGACUACCUGCAGAGCCAACACAUCAUACACAGGGACAUCAAACCUGACAACAUCCUCCUGGACGAGCAAGGUCACGCACAUUUAACAGACUUUAACAUCGCUACGAUAAUCAAGGACGGAGAACGAGCCACGGCGCUAGCGGGUACGAAGCCUUACAUGGCUCCAGAGAUCUUCCAGUCGUUUGUGAGCGGAGGAACCGGUUACGCUCUUGAGGUGGACUGGUGGUCGCUGGGCGUCACGAUCUUUGAGGUUCUGCGAGGUUGGAGGCCGUAUGAGAUCCACGGCAGUAAUUCGGUGGAGUCUCUGCUGCAGUUGUUCAGCACCGUCAGUGUUCAGUACAGCUCCUCCUGGCACAAAGACCUCGUGUCACUGCUGAGGAAGUUACUGACAGUGAACCCCGAGCACCGGUUCUGUAGUCUGGCUCAGAUGCAGACGGCUCCCUAUCUCUCCGACGUCAGCUGGGACGAUGUGUAUGAGAAGAAGAUGGAGCCUGGGUUCGUUCCCAAUAAAGGGCGUCUGCAUUGUGAUCCGACCUUUGAACUGGAGGAGAUGAUCCUGGAGUCUCGGCCGCUUCACAAGAAGAAGAAGCGACUGGCAAAAAACAGAUCGAGAGACAACAGCAAAGAUUCUCAGUCUGAGAACGAGUAUCUUCAGGAGUGCCUUGAAGUCGUCCAGCAGGAGUUCAUGAUCUUCAACCGUGAAAAGUUGAAGCGCCGGCAGGAGGAGGGCUGUAUGGGAGCAGAUGGAGAUGGAGAUCCAGACGCUGAUGAAGCCGAAGGAGGAACCGAGGACGAAGAGACCGAACCCGAACCCGAACCCGAGACGUCCAAGCUGAGCAUGUGCGGUUCGGUCUGCUCGUCUCCUGGAAGCUGCUAGCGCUCGCCAUGCCUUUAAACCCCAUGAUCAGAGCCGUCGCCUACAGCAAGUUUGAACUUCUAUGCAACGUAUCUCUUCAGCAUGAUGUAAAAUGGAGAUUUUAGAGGCAGAUCAACGCGCUCGAGUAUGACGACACCCCCUGAAACCGAGGAAGAGCUCUUCGUCUUCACAUUAAUUGUCUUUGAAGCAGAAACACAUAAAGCUGCUCGAGGAUUCAUUGAUAUUUCACAUGCAUUCGUAUGUUUACAUACGUGAGUUAUUAUUGGGUGCCUUUUGAAUUCAGCACAGAGUUUCUGGCUUUCAUGCGCUGUGAGAAGACUAACUUUAGGACUAGUUAACACACACUAGUGAGGGAAGUAUGUGCUUCUGAUGGG